AUGGCAGACACAAGUCUUGAUGAUUUUUUUGCUAAAAAGGACAAAAAUAAGAAAAAAAUUAAAAAUAAAUCGACCGGCGAUGUAGCCAUUCAACAAAAUUCUUCUGUUAGAAAGAUUAAGAAAAAAAAAGAUCAGGAAAAACAACCGGCUACCACGAUGGUAGGACCCUUGAACAGUGAGGAAGAUCAAGAAUGGAAUGAUUAUGAACAAGAAACAGAAAAGGAUUACUCUGGAUUGAGGAUACAAAAUCUGCAAAUUAAGUCUGAUGAAGAUGAUGAUAUGGAAAAUGAGUUAAAUCCUGAAAAUGAUGAAAACAAUGAAAGUGGGGAAAGGCGUGAAAAUAAUGUUGGGCCUUGGAACAAAACUGGGCGGUCAACAACACCUCCACCCCCAGUGUUAAAAGAAGAAGAACUACCAUCUCCAACAACUGAAGAAACUCCUAAAACUGUUGGCCGAUAUAUCCCUCCUGGGCAGCGCGGACAUAGUACAAGCCUGACUCCAACAGAAGCCAGGAUGGCUAGAAUACGAAAUUCCAAGAAAGAAGCUCCAAACAUUCACUGUGAAGUGGACUUUCCAAGUCUUGGUGGAGCUGUAAAUGACAUUGAAGGCAAAGACUUUGAGCGUGUUCGCAGUGGCAACCGUAAUCUUGAAGAUCCCUCUAAUCACAGUUUACAAUUAAAGCUCAACAAUAAGUAUAAAGCUCUCCAGGAUUAG